CAGCGCGGACGGGACGGGGCGGGAGUCAUCGCAGCAACGUGCACGAGGCUGCAGCCGCGCAGACACCGCCCGGGCCACAGCCACCUUCGCUCCUCGCUGCUGGCUCCGCGUCCCAGACCAGCUCUGCGGCAGGCAGGAGGAGCCACCGGAUCGCGACUCCGGAGUUCGCGGCUGUCGCCAGGCGUCCCCGAGCGGCGCCGACGCUCCCGCCGUCCAGGCGCGCGACCCUGCGCCAGCGCCGCAGCCACCUGCUCUGAGUCCCCGGGCGAGGCCAACCAUGCGCUCCACUCUGGCGCUCUCCGCGCUGCUACUGCAGCUGGUGCUGCUACUGUCUCCUCCAUCUCUCUCCCAGUCUGCCGGAAGUGGGGCUAGCACAUCUAUUAUCAAUUCUACCAUUGUCCGGAGCCAUCAAAACCUCUCGACAGCAGUGACUAAAACAGCAUCCGAAAAUGUCACAGCUGGUCACCUAGUGGCAACUACACUUUUUCAAGUUCAGCAAAGCAGCUCUACAUUAUCCAAAACCUCAGUCCAAUCUCCGACAACUGUGCCAACCACCACAAACUCCAGGGACAAUCAAAGCGGUGGCAGUGUGACUACAACUUCCAGUGGCUCCGAGGAUGACAAGACUAAAACAAGCUCCCCUAGUAACAAUGCCUCCACUAGUAGCAGUGGACAGACAGUCUCCUCUGGAGGCAAAAGCACUGACAAUAUUACCAAAGCCCCACCGACCACUUGGCUAACCAACAACAUCUCUUCUCAGCCUACUGACCUGACUACCUCCCCAAAGUUUCCUUCUACUCCCACAACAGACAGCAUAACAAGCCCUUACCAGCUUGUGGCUUCUUCUUCACAGAGCACAGAGAGCCAUCCUGAGGGACAGCAGACCCCUACUGCUGUUCCUGGCAGCUCUGUCUCUGUGUCCAGCACUGACAACUCUACGCUGACAGAGAAGCCUACUACUAUACACAAGCCGCUGGGCACCUCUGAAACCAUUCAGCCAACCCCCAGCCAGAUGGCAGGCAACACAACAUUCUCCGUCUCCACACCGCUACAGCCUACAAGGUUUCCAGUGGGAACUAAUGUCGUGCCUAGAACUGAGGAAUUCACACAUCCCAGCUCUAAUUCUACCACCAUGGCCCCUCAAGGCCCCAGCAUACCCUCUCCCACCUGGACUUCUGGGAAUUACAAGCUCAAAUGUGAUCCUCCCAUAAUGCCAGACGAGGAACUCCUCAUUCUGAAUCUCACGAGAGCCCGCCUUUGCGAAGGGAGCCCUCCGGAUGAAAGACUCGUGGAACUGCUAUGUCACUCAGUCAAAGACUCCUUCAAGCAAGCUCAGGAUUCGUGUACUCUACAGCUGGCCCCUAUUCUAGAGAACCAGGCGGUGGCAGUGAAAAGAAUUACUAUUGAGACAAAGCUUUCUCCUAAGGCCGUGUUCGAGCUCCUGAAGGACAAAUGGGAUGACCUGACAGAGGCCGGAGUCAGUGACAUGAAGCUGGGGAAGGAAGGCCCUCCAGAAGUCAAUGAGGACCGCUUCAGCCUGCCCCUCAUCAUCACCAUUGUCUGCAUGGCAUCCUUCCUGCUCCUCGUCGCUGCCCUCUACGGCUGCUGUCACCAGCGGAUCUCCCAGAGGAAGGACCAGCAACGACUCACAGAGGAGCUACAGACAGUAGAGAAUGGUUACCAUGACAACCCAACCUUGGAAGUGAUGGAGACUCCUUCUGAGAUGCAGGAGAAGAAGGUGGUCAACCUUAAUGGGGAGCUGGGGGACAGUUGGAUCGUCCCUCUGGACAACUUGACCAAGGAUGACCUAGAUGAGGAGGAAGACACACACCUCUGAUCAGUCUACCAGACACCCCGACUGCACUGCAGAGCUCCAGACCACCCAAAGUGCCAUUUGGACAAGGGGGGGGGCACUUCCCACCUGAAGACAGAAAGACAGGGGAGGGAGAAUGGACUCCGAGGGUUUUCUCCCUCCUUCCCAUCCCCACAGGGCCUUAAUUUUCCCUUUCAAGUUCAAUGAAGUCACUUUCUGUCCAGUUCCCUCAUGUAAAAUAACCUACUUGUGCCUGAGCCCAGAGCCGCUGGAAGGCAGGAGGAAGAUGGAGAACGCCAUGCGAGAGGCCCUGGAGCUCCUCUUGGAAUGGCACCCUCUCAUCUCAUAAGUAAGAUGACCGAGGCCUUAAGAGGUCAGGUGACUUGCACAGGUCCAUACAGCCAUUUGGUGACAAAGGUUGUUUCCCUCAGUCUGGUGCUUAAUUGCAUCAAGACACAGUACUGUGUUCAUCUGUGCUCAUUCCCCAAGGCACAGGACACUUGCAAGUGGGCAGGCUGGAAAGAAAACCAAGCUCCUAUGGUCUGGUCUUAAGGAUAGGUCCCAAAUUUCCAUCUCCUAUAAUAUGGCCUCGGCUUGCUUGUUGUAUCCCGCCUCUCAUGAGUUAGUCAUAAGUCCCAUUAUUUCCCAGGGCAUGGCUUUGGACUUCUUGUUCUGCAUUCUGAUUUCCUUGCCUUUGCUUAGUGGGACUGGGACCUAACUCACAGGCCUCACUAAUGGAGUCUGCCUAAGGGGUGGGUGGGCAAGCAGAAAGAAAGGAAGUUCAUGCUCAGAUGGCUUCCUCAUGGCAGCUGAUUCUGUACUGACACUGGCCUAGCAUUCAAGGCACUCCCUAGAAGACACUCCCCAAAAUCUCCUCUGGCCUUCUGCUCCCACUAGGAACAAAUCUGCAGUAGCUACUGAAAGCAAGAUGUUCCUUUUUCGUUGUUCACCGCUCAGAGGAGAGGGUGACUCCUCAAAACUGCGUGUCACAGAGCAGUUGUCUAGGGACAGACAUGUGACAGACAUGUCCUGGGGUCCUAACUGGUCCGUGAUUGGCAAAUGUGUCUCAGUAGACAAUCCAUCUAACCUACCAGGCAUUAUUGCUCCAUAGGAAGCUCAGGGACUUUUCAAGUUACUGAGAACUUGGGUUGUUGUGUUAUGGUGUAGUGUGUGUGUGUGUGUGUGUGUGUGUGUGUGUGUGUGUGUGUGUGUUUAAUCCAGCUCCUCACUGCCAAAGGCCAGAGCUCAGAUCCUGGAGACUGUUAGCUGAUUCCAUUGGUUUGCACCCUCCUUUGUCAUGGAGAAAGGCCCAGAACAAGCAGUUUUAAGAUACCAUUGCCUACUCUCCCAGCAUGGAGCCAGGCUUUUUGUUUCUGAUGCUCUUUGAAGCACUCCAGCUGUCCCACUUUUUUCUGGUGGAAUCUCAGGGAAACAUAAAACCAGGCCUAGUACCUAACGUAGGAUUUACAGGCUCAGCAGUGUCAAGUAGUCUUGUAAAGGCCGUCAAGGGCCCAGCAUAGUGAUGUUUUAUCUGGUUUUCUGAGAAAGGGGUAGGGGGACCCUGUGUGGAGCUUUGAAUUAGGUCCAUGGUCUGUAUUGUUCUUGGUCAUAAGUUCCCAUGACUAACUCUCUGGUUUGGAGCAGCUUAUUUAAAAGGGGAGCUAGGAGAGCAGACAGGUGCCCUCAGUCUAAUCGCAUCUUUACAGCUGUCUCUUUGAGACACAGGCUAGGGAGAAAAGGCUGACAGAAGUCAAGGAAGGCUCAAAGUGAAUUUCACAGGAGCUUGAAAAGAUGCUAACAAGAACUCACAAUCCUCUUGGCCUGCUUCUCUCAGAUUUGCAGGGGAGGGUGGAGAGCAGUGCCAACUUGGGGGGGGGCAGGUCUGUUUGUCCCUGCAUUAGGCUCUGUCACCCAGUAGGUUCAUUCUGUCAUGGCCUGAGAGGCAGACAGGAUUUCUUCUCCUUUGCUCCAGUCAAUGGGGCAAGGUCAUUUGACAGACGGCAAAUGCUCUUUCUGCCAACUGGUCACAGAUUGCAACCCUACAGCCUGUCAGAUAUGACUACAAUAUUAGACAACAGAUAUUGUGUCUGGGCUAAGGAAUAGCCAUGGCUCUGCCCAGGCUGGCCCAGUGUUUCUUCUUGUGCACUCAAAUUGUGUAGCCUUUUAGUACAGCUUGAGAGUCUGAUACCUGGCCUUCGAUUGCUCUUACCACUGGGACAUGCUGCUAGCAUUUGUAAAAGUCACCUUCCUGUGUUUAUUACUGGGUUUUUAGAGCUGUCUGUUAAGGGAAACCAGCUGUACCAAAGAGAAAUCAGAACUCUUCAUUUCAGUGGCAAAACGGUUUUCCUCAGCUGCAAACCUCAAGGGCCUGAUGGCUGUGACUGAACAAAGCCAGCAGUUCUUGUGCUGCCAUGUGCACGGAGAGAGAAGUAACUGACAUAAGGCACUGAGCAGUCUGCCUGGCAGACCAGAUCCAGACUCAUCUAGGACACCCACACUUUCUGUCUUCCCUGAGAGAGAAAGCUAGCAGGUGUUUGAGUUUUAUUGUUUUUUUUUUUGGUUUUUGUUUUAUUUUGUUUGCCUAUUUCUUUCUUUUUCUUUUUUUUUUUCUUUCUUUUUUUUUUUGACAAUACACUGGUGAAACUUUGAAGAGAAAGUUCAAGUUGACAAGAUCUAUGCAUGUUUUUGACAAUGUAAAUAUAAAAGCCACAUGUUUAUUUACCCUCUACUACUUUCAGAGAGUAAACUUUGGGGAAAGACUUGAUAGCUAAGAUAGUUAAGCCUCCCCUCCCCCCUUGCAGAACAAAAAUGUAAAUGUCUAUUUAGUAGAAAUGAUUUAAAAAAAAAAUGAACAUAACAAGACAGACUGGUGACAAAUGUAUUUGUCUUGUGGAUAGGGGAUUUAAAACUUUAAAAUACUGUUCUGGUUCCUCCCCAGCCAAAUCUCAAUCCUGCUGCAGUACGGGCUGGAGUUGAGCAUGGUCUGUGAUGGUCACAGGGAAAGUUUUGGAGAUACAGUUCAGUCUUUCUACAGGAAAACACAUCUGAAGCCACAAAGAAUCUCCCCAGGGACAGAGACAAGAUGAAAACAUGCAUCCCAGACUGCCCACCCUGUGCUGUGUGUUUCUUAAGAACAGGGAAUUAAGGACUGCAACUCCCAGGUACAAGGUUAAUACAGGAUACCACCACUCCUUCCCUAUGAUAACCCUAGAGGGGCUGAGUGGACACAAGGGACACACACAGCCAUGUGCUGGGCUCUGGAGUCACAUGGUCCAAGGUGUAAAUAAACAUUUUGGGGGCUUGGUGUUUUUUUUUUUUUGUUGUUGUUGUUGUUUUGUCUUUGUUUUUUUUCCUGUCAGGAAAUAAUUUUGAAAAGUCCUUGAAGAACGUCCAGGAGACCAGGAUCAAAGGGACUAGCAUAAGAUGAAGGCAGGGAGAGAGAGAGAAGCCCUGUAGUGCAGCCUGUGUUACUGUCAGGCAUCUGAUGCUUCCCUUAGGACUGAGGAAAACCCACCACUGGCCGAGAUCACUGUUUCAUGGGGCCUUUCUGUUUCUUUGUGAAUGUCAACCAGCUUGCCCAGGAGAUUGGGGGAGUGUAUGUUGUAGUGGACAGGGGUCUAAAGUACACUGGAAUUUAUCGAGAGACUAUAGUUAACUAUUGCAUUUUCUUAUAAAGUAUAUUUUGGAAAAUUGUACACUGUCAAUUAAAAUGCUUUUGUGUAAGCUGG